AUGGAAAAUAAAGUAACAUUUUUUCGUGAAUAUGAAAGUGUCGAAAAGAAGAUAGAAAUAAUAAAAGGCUAUUUGGAUAAUGAGGAAGAAAAUAAAAUGAUAAAAAAUUAUUCACAUAUUAUAGGUAAUUUACAAUACUUAAGCAAUUGUUUAAAUAGUUAUAGAGAAGUAAAGACAGUGUUGGAUGUUCAUUUGACUCUUCUGAUUCAUUCGUUCUUAGAUUUUUUAAAGAAGACUUUUAAUAAAUUAGCAGGCAUUAUCAAAUAUUUUAAGGUUAAAUUUGAGAAUGAGAGGAGUGAAAUUAAUAAUGUUAUCAUCAGGGCUGAAAAGAAAGUGAGACAUACAAGGAGGACAAGUGCCUCUGAUGAAAUGGGGGAGGGUACACCCGUAAGUUCUAGGGAAAAAAGAGAGAAGGAGGAGGAGGAACAAGAAGAGGAAGAAAGAGGUGAGGAUGACAAUAAUGACCAUAAUGACAACGAUAAUGCCCAUAAUGACAAGGACAAUAAAAAUGAUGAUCGUAAUUAUAAUGGUCAGGCAAAUAAAGAAAAAAGGAAUGCAAAUAUCAGUAACAGAAAUGCGGAAGCUGGAAAUGGCGCAAAAAACGAAGAGGAUGCCGAGAGCAAAUUUUUGAAGAUGUACAUAAUUAUAGAAGAAGUGUUUAAAUAUUACAACACGUUAAUAUCUGUAAGAGGAGAAAAAAAAAUUAAAACAUUAUUUCCGUGUGACGCAUAUUGUUUAAAUGGCAUAGUAGAUACACUUCUUACAUUAAGAGAAGAAGAGGAUGUUUUUAAUUACGUAAGUAAGUUAAAAUAUGACAAAACGGAUGAAGAUAAUUCAUGGGUAAUUUUAUAUAUUUUAAAAAUUUGGUUAUCCUUCUGCUUAUAUAUACCAUUUAAACUAGCAAAUUUAAAUGAAAAUAUUUUAAAUAAUAUUCAAGAUAUAUAUUAUUAUUAUGUUAAAAAAAAUGAUAAAUCGAAAGAAGCUUGUUCCAUUUUGUAUGCUCAAUUUUUAAGUAGAGAAGAUGUCUACCAAUGUAGAACAUAUUUUAAUAAUUUUAUGAUUUUCUCAAAAGAAAUUAUAUUAAAAUUGAUAUAUAUAGAAUCUAAGAAAAAUGAAGAAUUAACUGAAGAUUUGUAUAUAAUAAAAAAUACAAAUAUCCCUACUUGUUGCAAUGUAAAAUUUACUACUUUACUUUUUUAUGGUAUAUUAUUAACACAUAAAAGAAUUUUAAAAAAGCUAGAUAAAAAAAUUUUAAAGAAUUACACCAAUUUUUAUAAUUUUUUUUUUAUUCACAAUCAUAGUAUCCUGGAUUUUACGCCAACAUCAAAAUCGUUGAAGAUUCUUUGUAUGGGCUAUUACGCUUCCAUAUUUUUGGACAAAUUUGACGAUAUCGUUAAUCAGAAAAAUGAAUGUCUGCAUACUUUGACAGAACAGGGUCAAAGGGAUGAAGGUGCAAAAAGGGAUACUCCAGACGAUAUUUUCCGAAAAAGUGACGACGCAAAUUGUAGCUCACCAUGCAGCGAAAAUUAUGGUAAAAAUGAAAACACAAAAAAUAAUUUCUCGAGUGUAGGGGAGCAAAGCCAAAUGCUCGAGGACAACCUUUUGAACGAAUUUCCUCUGUUCCUAAAUAUCAACGAUGUGUUAAAUUUAUACAAAAAAGGUAAAGAGAUGAAAUGCGAAAGAGAGCACAAAGAAGAGAUGACUUACUUAAAAGUGUACAAAAAAUACACAUGUGAAAAAGAUAUAAUGCAAAUUCUGAACAUAUUAUUCUGCUAUUUUAAUGAUAAUAAUAGUACUGUUCGAUGGUGUUUAUCAAAAAGUUUUGGAAAUAUUUUAAUAUAUCUUAGUUUAGACAAUAUUCAAAUUAUAAUGAACAAAUUUGAUGAUUUAGCAAAAUAUAAUGAUUUUAACACACUUUGUACAAUAAACUAUACUUUAUUUCAUUUCCUUUUUAACAAAAAUAAUUUAUCCAUACAAACCUUAAAUUAUUUAAUUCGAAAAAUAAUACAGAGCUUAUAUUUAAACAAAGAGAAAAUUUAUCCUAGUGCUUUUGUUCUAUUAUACAGUUUAUUUAAAUACAACAAAUACAUUAAAAAGUACUAUGAACAACAGAAUAGUGGAAUAAACUAUUUUUUUUUCCAUUUAAUAUUCAUUAAAUUAAUUGUUUUGUCUUUAUUUGAGGAUAACAUUAAUAUUAGGAAGUCAGCUAUGUCUCUGCUUCAAAUUUUCAUAGGCAACUUUAAUUUUUUAUAUCAGCUUGGAAGCGGAGCAUGGGAUGAAAAUUUUGCAUCUACCUCAACGGUUAGUAAGCCGUCCACCAUACCGGUCAGCAUACCGGUUAGCAUACAGGCUAGCAUACCGAUCAGCUCAGGAGCUAAUGCAGUUGCGGAUACAUCGGCUGAUAUGACCGCUAAUACAGCGUCUACUGAUACUACUGAUAUGGAUUCCCUAUCGAAUAGGAACACCAGAAGAGCGGUAACUAACCCACCUAGGGCUGAAUGUGGAAAGGUAACUUCUGAGGGAGGGAAUCAAGAACGGCUGUUUUCGGACAUCCUCAAUUUCAUUAACCUAUUUUUUGAUCAUUCAAAAAUAAAUGAGUUUUAUGAGGAUAUAAAAAAUAUGUCAAGUUGUAGCACAGAUGAAAAAAAUAAAAGUAUGAAUACAUAUAAUUAUGAACAGAAAGGAAUUUAUGAAAAAAAUAGAAAGCAGUUUGAUGAAACAAAAAAAGAUAUUUUUAAUACUAAUAUUGAUAUAUUAUCUACUUGUAAUUUUACAGAGCUGACAAAUUUAAAAAGAUCAAUAAUUAUAAAAACUAAAGUUGUAUGCAAUUUUUUUUUAUACAAAUAUCCAGUUAUUUUUCAUUUAUAUUCAAAUAAGUUAUUUCACGAAAAUAUCAACAUACGAUUAUUAUCAGCAGAAUCGUUAGCAAAUUUAUCAGCUAUGGAUUCUGAUUACUUUAUUAUGGUUGUUUUACCAUUUUUAAUAAAUAAAAGCUAUGAAGAAAAUGUGUUGAUCAAACAUGGUUCCAUUAUAUGUAUAUCUAAGAUCCUUUUAAAAUUAAAAAAAAAUAUUGAUGAGAACUUACAAAAUGAAAUAAAAAAAAUAAUACUAUAUAGUGAGAAAAGAAGAAUAUAUAAAUUUAAAAAAGGGGAAAUUUUAAGACAUAGUUUAUGCCUACUGAUACAAAGUGUAUGUCAAUGUAAUUGUUUUAUGGUAAAGAAAAAUACCUAUUCUUUUUUUAUAGAAAUAUUACAUAAUAAUUUAUUUCAUUACAAUGAAAUUAUACAAUAUGAGGCUUCUAAAAUAUUUUAUUACAUGCCUAUAUAUAUGAUAAGCAAGGAAAAAGCAAUUGAAUAUAUAUACGAUGUGCUUACAAAAAUUAUAAAAGCAAAAGACAACUUUCUUCAUCUGAAGGGAUAUUUCAUUCUUCUCUGUUUUAUUCAUGACAGCAUUAUUCCAUGCAUUUCCUCUCAAUUAAUUAAAAUAUUUUAUCAAAUUCUAAAAAAAAGUUCUACUUAUUUCAAAAUUAAAAAUACUUUAAUAGUAAAAAAAAAAAACAGUCAAGAGAUAGUAGACACUUUUUCUCCAGUCAAAUUGUUGGAAAAGGAUGAAACUAAAAUGGAAAUUAUAAUUAAAGACAAUAUUAAUUUUUUUAAAAACAUUAAUUUUGAAUCAUACCCUAUUGAUUCUAAUAUGAAGAUAUUCUGCUUAUUAGCUUUGUUUAACAUAGCUGAUAAGGUUCGAAAAAAAUACAUCGCUGACUUUUUAGUCGUUUAUAAUCAAUGUACUACCAGUUUUAAGGGUCUAAUUAAGUCCAAACGACCCCAUAAGGAAAAACUGAACCGGAGGGGAAAUGAAAGUAGCGAAAUUGGCAGUAAUAGCACAAGUUCCGCUACGGCUACUACUACGACUACUACUGCCAUUACUGCUGAUGCCGAUACUACUUCCAAUACUACUACUGUUGAUACUAUUACUACCAAUGCCCACCCCAACACAUUUAAUGGCACAACAGAAGGCGGAAUUGUUACUUCGACCAAAUGCCUUAAUACACGUAGCACUAAUUGCUCCGAUGAGCAAAACUUACACAAAAAUAAGCUCAUGAUGAGGCAUACAUGUAUGCAGAGGAACAGUCAAUCAUGUAUUGGAGAAAACGUAACUGUUGAAAGUGUUAAUCAUACAUAUUACAAAAAUGUGGACUGUUUUAGUAAAGAUAGUCAUAACGAAUUAAAUUCUGGACUGGAUAAAAAAUAUAAAAAGAAACAAAGAAACACAAGUUUUUAUAUGAAGAAAAAAAUUAAAUUUAUAAAAAAAAAAAUAAAAUGGGAAGAAGUGCUAGAAAAGAGCAAAAAGAAAAAUAAAGACAUAUUUCAGUUUAACUUAAAUAUUAACAAAAUAGUGAAAAUAUUAAUUUUAUAUUUACAAGAAUAUGUGUAUGAAAAUGAUAUAGGAGACUCUCAUAUAUUUGUGAGGGAAAUAUGUUUAGGGCUUACCGCCUUUUUGUUAACUUCUUACCCGCUGUUCUUUUUCAAGAGGAAGCAACAAAAAGGGAUGGACGCGGUUAGAGGGGUGGAUGUAGUUAACGUGGUCGAUGUAGUUAACGUGGUCGAUGUAGUUAACGUAGUCGAUGCACCUAAAGGGGAAGAAUUAGACGCACAAAAAUUACCCAGCGCGGAUAUGGCGGGAUUAAGUGCUAAGCAUCCAAAUGGCACAGUUAAUAAAAAUUAUUUUUACGAUUGUCUUACCUCGGAUGAUAGUUAUGAAGAUGAGAGUAGUGAUAAUGAGUGUCCAUCGAAUGAAAGCAGGGAUAACUGUUCUUACCAGGAAAAAGAUAAUGUAAUAUAUAUGUAUGUCUUAUUUGAAAUAAAGAAAACAUAUAUUAACACAUUAAUUCAAUUAUUGUUGAAAUUGUUAUGUGAAAAAAAUAUACGAACACAUAAGAAGUGUUUGUACUUAUUGAACUAUUUGUAUAACUAUGCAACUUUCAAUGAUAACGGAGAAAUGGAUCAUUUUGCAUUCAGUAAUAUUUUUAAUAAGUAUUGUCAUGAUUAUUCUUAUGAAUUAUUUCUUAAGAAAAAAAUUGACGAUAACAUAAGGAAAAGUAAAAUUAAUAUCUAUCAGUAUUUAAGUAGCUAUUCAACAGAUAUUUCAAGCGUCUUUGAAAAUAUAAUUACUCAUGUGUGUGAUUAUUAUGAACCAUUAUAUUUAAAGGACAAAAUAUAUACUGCACAUCAGGCGAGGUUUUCUAAGCAUGACAGCUAUAAUACCAAUGAGGACAAGGACUAUUACUAUACUAAGAAGAAUGAAGAUGAAGGAAAUGAAAAAAGUUCAGGAAAAUCCUUCAAAAGAACAACAAACAUAAAUAAAUGCUCUUGUACAUAUGAAGAAGAAAUUACUUCAUUAUUUUUGAACAAGAAUUAUAAAUAUAGUUUAAUGAAAACCAUAUUUAAUAAAAUUAAUAAUUUUAUUUAUUUGUAUAAUUAUACAUUAAAGUAUACCAGUUUUUCCAUUUUUCACAAGAAUAAGUUUAUUUCUACUAGAAAGGGUUUGAUAAAAGGACACAAUAACAAAGAUCUCGGUACGGGUAAAGAAGUAAAAACAAAGGAAACAAAUUUUGAAAAUGGAAUAAAUUAUCAACAUCGAAAAAACAACGAUUUAAUAUUUGAAAAUAUACUUAUUAAUAACGAUUUUAUAGAUGAAAUAAAUCUAAGUGAGAAUGAAGAGAAGAUGUCAAUGGAAGAAGAAAACUUAAUUAAAGAUGUUCAUUUCCUUUUAGACAAAACCAAAAAAAAUAUUAGUGUAAUAAAAUGUUUAGAAUAUAAUGAAACUUAUUUAUAUAGUCAUAUUUUUUAUCUUUUAUUUCUGAAUAAAUACAAUUACUACAUAAUUAGCGGAUUCUUUAAUACAUUAUGUUAUUAUUCAUCAUAUACUGAAUAUAGCAAUUAUGAAUAUACAAAUUUAAUUAAAAAGGGGAAAGAAAAAUCUAUUGAAUACUUAUUUUUAGAAUUUCUCGUUAAAUAUAAAAAUAUAUACACUUUUGGUUAUAUAAGAGAUGAUAUUUUAUUUUUGUAUAUACGAUAUUAUAAAAUGUAUUAUAUCGAGUAUGACUACACCAUUGUUGAUAAAGUUUUUUGUGACUAUAACAGAGAAAAAGCAAAUACUUUUUGGAAUGGCACAAAUAAUAAGGAUGUGUGUAACAUGGGGAAUAGUACCAUCAAGAUAAGCGGCAAUCUUGAUGAUGCUUCGAAAACAAUAAAUAAUGAGAUGAACAUGAUAGACCAUGAUAUGACUACCCAAUGGGAUAUUAGGGGCUGUGAAAAUAGCGGCAGCAGUAGUAAUGGGUUUUUUUCUUUACAUAACUGCAACAUGCAUAACAUUAAUUUGAGCGAAAUAAUAAUGUUGGAGAAGAAAUAUAAAAAGUUUGAUUUUGCAAAAAAUUUAUUUCAUAAUUACAGUAUAUUCUUUGAUAGAAAUAUAAUAUUUCUGAAGAGCGAUAAUAAAAAUUGGGAUAAUAUGAAUAAGGAGGAAAAAAAAAGAGAGAAGAAAAUAAGAAGAAAAACAAAUAAACAAAUUAAAAAAAAAUUUCAUACAAAAAUCGAAUUAUUAGAAUAUGUAAAUAUUUGUUUAAUUAAAAUAUUGUAUUACUUAAACAAUUUUAAUUUAAUUCAGCUAGAAAUUUUUUUAAAAAGUGUAAAUUCAUUUGUAAAAUUUUCAGUUAUUAAUAAUUUCACUGCUUUUUGCUUCUUGAAUUUUUUCCUUCACUCCUUAGAGAAAUACACUUGUUUUUCUCUUAUUAAAACGAUAUCCGAGUUAAUAAUAAACAUUUUUAUGUGUCCAACCAUUCACUUAAACAUAAAAAAAUUGGCCAUGUUUUUGAUCUUAAACCUGCUGCUCCACAGAUAUCCUAAGAUAAGAGAGUUCACGAAUGAAUACCUUUACGCACAUAUUAAUUUUAUUUCACCAUAUGAUUUUAAGAAUUAUUUAUUUAACAACUCUGAAGAUUUAGAUGAUAUUAUUUCUAUACUAAUAAGUACCCAAUUCUCUGAAGCAUUAAAUGAUAGGACACAAUGUCAAAUAAUAAUAGCUGUACAACAAAUUGCCAAGUUGCUAAAGAUUCCACAUUAUAUUACAUUUUCAUCAUUAUCUUCAAUCUCUAAUUCGUCUUCACUUUUAUUAUAG